AUGGUAUGGCUUGUGGUGAAUGGCGAUCCGAAAGAGGUUUGUAAAAAAAUUUUUUUAAAUUCUUUUUUUAGUCCAUUUUACUUUUGCAUUGAGUCAAGUUUUUUUGAGAAACUUUGCAAGAAGGAAAAAUGGUCCUUUUUAGAAGUUUUUUGAAAUUGAAAGGUUGACAAAAAAGAAGCUUGUGAACAUUUUCUUUGCUCAAUUUUUACCGAAAUGGCUUCGAAACGAAUAACGGAAAAUCGUGUAAAAAUGAGAGGUUCAUGGUUUUUUUUUUGUAACCAGCUAGAGAUAAAAUUAAUUUAUGGUCUACCUAAACACACUUAAUGAGUUUUAAAAGCACAGGAUUUUCCAAAAUAGAAAACUGUUUCGGAUUGAGUUCAACUCGAGUGUUGCUUCCUGCUAACACUGGGAAAUGUUUUUGGGCCGGAAAAAUCAAGUUCUCUCCGAUUUAUCUUUGCAUAUGGGCAAUUCGUCUUGAGACCUUUAUAAAUUUAACUCCUUUAAAAAUUUUAUUUUGAAGAAAAUUUUGGCAGUUUUUGAAAAUUCAGAAGUUUCGGAUGGCCUCAAGGCACACUUUUGAUAAGCUUUGCGCUUCGAAAACCUUAACAAUUCAGGCUAUGCGCCUUUAAAAAUCUGUUUGAAACCAUUUUUGUGAGAACCUGUAGAUUCGUAAUAACUCUUUUUUAUCGCAGAAAUCUUGGACUAACUAAGGAUAAGGAAAACAGUUCUUCGUCUCGAGACCCUUAUGAUAGCUUAUGCUCCUUAAAAUCUUUUGAUAAUGCAUAACGCUAGAUUUGAGUGAGAUAGGAUUCUUCAAAAAACACUGGAAACGACUCUUCGUCUCAAGACCUCGAUGAAUCAUGUCUAUGCGCCUUUAAUCACUCCAAAAAGCCGGCUCUGAAUCUAGUAUAAUCCGUCCCGUCUUUUGACACGCCAACGACGCUGAAUGGAGUCUAUCAAAGCCUUGUUUUCUUGUUAUCAGUGGCGAGGGGAAUGACAAAAAAAAAGAGACAGCCGGAGAUCGAUAUCCUCAAGCCUGAUACCUAAUUCCUACUUUGUGUGAGUGCCCCCCGUCGGACGUGUUGUGUUGGUUGGAGGGAAACCAAGUUUUUCUUUCCCCCUUUUUCCCCCCGUCGCCCCUUUGUAGGGCUUCUCCCCCCUAUCCUCUCCUGAAAUACGCGCACUCGCGCAUGUGAAAGUCCUACUGGGUAACUCGACCUUCCUUUCCGGACCGCAAAAAACCUCGCGACUACCGCGAUGAUUCCCAUCGGAGAGGUAGUUUCUUUUAAUUUUUGUGUGGAGCUUUCCGAAAAUUAAUAAGGCCUGGGCAGCUCUUUGAAAGUUUUUUCCGAACUCCUUGUCAGAGUUUUCCGAAGAUCUUCGAUGGACUGAGAUACUGGAAAAGACUUUCAGCGUCGAAAAAUUUAUUGAACUUCUCUAUGCUUCUUUGAACAGCCCAAACAAGAAGAUUCUGUGAAAAAUCAGAUGAAAGCUAAUAUUCAGCCUAGUUCUUGUGACAAAAAGUUAAGUUUUUCGUAAUUUUUCCCCCUUUCUCUUAAAAGUUUACCCCUACAUGAUUCUUAGCAACCCUUUUCCUGUUGUUUCGAACCGACUGCUCUGAAUGUGAAGACUCGAAAAGUUGAAAAGACAAUGAUAAGACCAUUUAUUUUUUGUCCCUCAAGUAAAAAAAUCGAAGAAGUUUUUCUGUGAAAUUCAAAUAUUUUUUAUAGUUUUUACAAGGCCCUUUCACGAUUUUCUUCAAAUUUGAAGUCCUUGUGUUUGAAAAAAUAAACGACAAAUCAGAGGAAUAAGGAAAAAUUCUAGUAAUUAAGUUUAGAUAGGUCUUCAACAUUAAGGCUUCAUGGAAAAUUGAACUUUUCAACUUUUUCAAAAUUAAAUAUGGAUCUCAUUAUUUUUGAAACUGUUGAUUUACUCAAAUAGUGUUCCAAUGAAACUGAAAAGGUCAAAAUUCUGAUUUUAUUCCUGAUUUCUUACUUAAAAAGAUUGAAUUACGUGUAAUGUAAUUCCCAAUCGAGUUAAGGUGCAAAAGGUAAUUUCUGUCCGCAAAAUUCAAUUAAGGGGCCCAACUAGAUUUAUUACCACUUCUAAACUGAUUUGCUUGAUAUUGAAAGUUUUGAGAAAACCUGAGCAGGGCACAGGGAGAAAAAUAUGAAAAAGGGGAAUUGUUUUGAGAAAACUUUGUUUCAUUUUGUUUUGGUGAAUCAUCGAGAACGCGGUUUUAUUGAUGUCUCAUCGUUAGUUCCGGGAAGAUUUGAAGGAUAGGGGGAUUUUGGUGGAGGAAAGGUCUUGACACGAUUAGAUGAAUAUUUUGAAAAAAGGUAUUAUUUUAAAGGAGCUAACAGUGAAAGGGACUGAGACGGUGAAAGUAGUCAAAAAUUUUGAUAAAUUUGAAGAACUUUUGAAGCUUUUUAUUCAUGGAAUAGAGAAGGAAGUUUACUCCGGGUUUACUGUCGAUUUCCAGAAAAAUCUCGAAGGGCACUGAAAAAUUUGAGUAAAAGGUCUCCAUAUAUAAUUACGACAGGAAAAAAGUUAUAAAUUUGCAAUUUACGGUUAAAAAAAUAAUGCUCAGAACCACAGCUUUUGAUGUACUGUUUCACUAAUUUUUUGAUGAUAAAUUUCAAAAAGGCUCGCCUCAAUAAGUCUUGAAUCAACUAUGAAAAAAAUUAUUAUCGAAAAAUGAAAAAGAAGUCAAAAAAAUGUGAGUUCCAAAUGAGAUUUUUUUUUUGUAGCCCAAAAUAUCUAUUUUGACGUGGAAAAAUCCUCGAUAUCACUACGAAUUCUCGGAAAUGAGAUGGCAAUCAACCCGAAGCUCUUUAUAAUAAUAAUAAUAAUGGAAAGAGAAAAAAAGGAUGGCGACGAGUUGUGAUUCAAGUGAUUCUUCGAGUGCUUGUUUGCCGGUCAAAUUGCGAGCAUAUUGCGGCACCCGGCCGCGUGCUUUUCUUCCUGUUUUAUUGUCGAAAUCGGCCCCCAUUCUUCUUCCGUUCCUCUGUACUUUUCCCCCUAACUUUCCGAUCUAAAUGCUCCUUCCUUCGACGGUCAGGCCUGUUGAAUAUAUCACGGAGGUUUGUUCGAAGUACACCGUUCCAUGGAAAAUAUUGCUGGAUUUUCACAUUUUUUGAAAAAUUCUUGGCAGUUUUAAUGUAAAUUUGUAUAGCGAUCUCUCUCAAAAAUUCAGAUUUCGAAUUUCAGAGCUUUUACACUGAUUUUUCAAUAAAUCAUUAUUUUUAAACAUUAGAAAUUGAGAUAAAAGCGCUGUGAAUAAUUCUUUGAAAUUUUACAGUUCUGAGCUUUUUCAGCACAAUUUUUCGAUUUCGAAACUUUAUAAUUUUUCAAUUUUUUCACAAUAUUCAGCUCGAUUUUUUUGGAUUAUUUAUCCAAUAGUUUCAUCUACUAGAAAUACUUCCAAGUAUCAAAUGAAAAUUUUAAGUUUCGUUUUUAAGUCUUUUGAUCAUGGCCUAAAAGAUGUAGAUGUACUCUGAACUCUUUUUUUCGAAAAAAAUUUUAUAUCUAGAAAAAAAGUUGAUGUAACCCCAAGGAGUGUGUCGAAUUCAUUUUUAAUGUCCGGCGGCUUGCUUCUUUUUGUUUUUUUGAAGAUCUGAAGGGGGUGAUAAUGAUUUUUCUUUCUUUAUAUUUUAAUUAAGAAAAAUAUCGUUUUUUUCUAGAAGGGUUUUUAAAAAAAGGGCUUUAGAGGUCGACCUUGGUGUUAAAUAAAUUAAAAAUCAGAAAAAUGGAAUGAAAUAAGUAUCAAAUGCAUUGGUCACUGAGUAAUGGUAGGAACUUAUUCUAAAAAAGAUUCUGCUGGAAUAUUUGAAAAAUAGGGGACUUCGAUGGUUGAACGAUAGUGUGAAAUGAACUGGCGAGUAAGUUGGCAAAGUCUCAAAAAAAAAAUUAUUUCAAUUGAAGAAGGUAGAAACUGAGUUUGAGGUUCCUAAAUUUGAGGGAUGAGAAAAAAAAAAUGAAGAUAAAAAAGGGGGUUUUCAGACGCACGAUGGGCGCGCCGACAUGACCAACUUCGAGAUGGACUUGUUCGACACGCGAAUGACCGAAAUCAAGGUGGAGAAGGAAGAAAAGGCGACAUACUGCUGUGGAUAUCGGUUCGUUUCAUUUUCCGGGCCGGGAAACCUAGUUGAUGAAAAAUUUUGGAAAAUGUUAAGCCAGGACUUGAGAAAUCAGUAAAAGUAGCGAUUUUUAGAUGUCAUUUUCAAAUUUUCGUCUGUUUUUCUGAAAAAUCAGCACUGGGCCAGUCCUGAGCGAUCCAAAAUCCAUUUGGAAACCUGCCCUCAAAUUAUUUUUUUCUUUUUUUUUUUGCCUUCAAAUUUUUAUUCACUCUUUUUUGUAGUGUAACUGUUUCUGUAAGAGACCUCUUGGUAUUAGAAUUAUGAUUUUUUCCCUUUUAAUGAGUUAUAAUGAUAAUGAUUUAACUUAUUUUCGCUUUAGAAAUUUACUUUUUUUCUUUGAAAGCAGUCUUUAUUAAGGGGAAAGUAUUUUUCUUAUUGAAACGCCUUCAAAAUAUGAUAAGAGCUCUAAAAUUCCUGAUUGCAAAGUAUUUUUCGAUAUCCCAAACUACAGUAGUUUUCUUCUUGCAAACUUGACUUCAAAAUCUGAAAAAAAUGGCUAUCACUGAAAAAUCCCAUCGAAAAUGGAAGGCUCGAACUGUUUGCUCUAUCGAUAAGUUUUUUUUUCCGGAAAAAAUUCUUCCAAUUGUGAGUUCAGCCCAUUAUUUUUUAUGGAUCCAUACUCAGCGAACUUUUUUUUUAGAUCCCAAAUUUCGAUCAUGAACUCAACGUUUCGGUUUUGUAUUUUUCAAUUAUCGUUCUCAAACAUGGAGUUUAGAAAAGUAUUCGGAAGGCUAACCUCAGAAUUUCUCUUAUAAUCAUUUCUAAAUUGUUUUUUUUUGCGCGCUUCAAUUUUCUCAGUUUUCUCAAAAAGCAGUUGUUUUCCUAUGAUGACAACUAUAAAAAAUCAGUAGGCCCGUUUUCCCGUCAUAUCUUGUUUACCUUGGUUUUUUCUUCAAAUACCAAGGAUUAUUCAAAAAAAUCUUCCAUUCCUCUUAAUUGAAGCUUUUUAGUAUAGUGGAUAGCUGUGAAAAAUUUCGCGGAAGCUGCGAAACAGAUGUUCAUCGAGGGGUUCUUUUUUUCCGAAGGGAUCUUUGGCCGUCGUUGAUGGGUUAAGGACGUUCGAAAUUUUGUUGCGAUUCGCUCUUUGCACUUGGCUUUUCAAACUUUCCUCUCAAAACUUUUAGGAAAUUCAAAGAAGCUUCAAAAUUAAAAAAAAGGUCAUUCUAGUUUGUGGUUCGAACUUCUGAGGAUUGAUAGGAAAUCUCUUCGAGGCACCAAAAAAGAUGCGGCAAGCCUCAAAAUCCACAACUUUCUAGGUUUUGGGAUAGGACACCUCAAAGCCAAAAAUAAAUUUCCGUUGUAAUAGGUUGUUUUGUAGUUUUGAGCUCUUAUUUUUUGAAUUUUUGCAGUUUGAGGCUUUCAGAAUCUUCUUUCGGUACUUCUUUGAAAACUUCAGAGAAUUCCCAACGUAAAAUAACCUUCCUCACAUUUUUAUAUAUGAGAUUGGAGGCCUCGAACUAUCGAUAAAUAUAGGCUUUAAAGAAAAUCUACUUUUCCGUAGUUCUUCGAAUUAGGUCACCAAACAUUUUUCUAAUUAGUUGGCUAGAAAACUUUGAAAUUCUCAAAAGUGGGUUUUUUGAUGGAAAAUUCACAUUACCUUGCUUUUUUUAUCCAAAAAAAUUAUAUAUUUACCUACUACUGAAAAAGAAAGCUUAUUUGCUCUUCGCUCCAAUUGUUUUUGGGCGCAAAAGGUUCCAUUCCAAUUCCAAUUAAGGGCGGUGUCGCGUGUAAAACGAUGCUUUGUGCAAGAGAGAUGUGACGUUAUUUUAAGCAGCUUUUUUGAAUUCAGGUUUUUCGGUUUCUUGUUUUGUUGAAAUUCCACUCCUUGAUUUUAAUUGAAUCCGAAGUUUAUUUUCUAUAUAACUCAAAAAGCUCAAUGUUACGUUGUUUCGCUGUCUUUUUUGAGCUCAAAAUUGUUUGCAAGUUGGAAAGAGGCCUGUUCCCGACUCUCACCGACUUGCGCAGCUUCCUAUUCAUGCCUAUCUCAGUCAUAGCUCAGGAACUUCAGAGUGAUCACUAUAGGGACAACCUUACUUAGAGGUCCUUGGAGAGUCCCCUCUACGGAACACUUUACCAAUCUCCAUACUGGCCACUAAAUCUUGCAAAAGUGGUCCCUAUAGGGGACAUACGUCGAGAGUUUUAUGAAAUAAAAUUGAAAGACCCCUGUAGGGACCACCAGUUAAAAAGUUUCGAAACGGAAAAAACCCCAAAAAGGGAAUCUUAAUGCCUUACCAGCAUUACAACCCACCUCAAAAAGUAAUUAAGACACGGAUUUUUUCUCACUUUUUGGUUCAUAUUCAAAGUUUUUUUUGAGAAACUAAGAAACUCACAUUUUGGCCAUUUCGAAGCGGGAUUUGUACUCCACCUGCCGUCGUGCCUUGCCCAUUUUAUACUUUGCCUUAUCACAAAAUAUAAAUCUUUUUUUCUUCCUUUCGGAGACUCUCACUCACAUUGCCGCUCUCAACACAGAGCCGAAUCGAUGCUUAAUCUUGUCCCUUUAUUUUUUGUUCCGUCUUCUCCCCAAUUUCACAUGAAGAGAAAUAAAAAAAACGAAAAUCUUCCCUUUUUAAUAGGUCUGCUCCGCAAGGCGGCUUGUUUGAGAGAUUGACAUUUUUUUUUUCUGGCUUAGACUUGAUCUUCUCCUUUUCUCAGACUUGUAGGAGGAACGUGGUCUUUUGAGCUUUUGAUAGUGGAUAGAGAACAGGAAGUUUGGUUUUCUAGAUUUUUUAAAAUCGAAUUGAAAGCUUAUCAGAUAGAUAUCCUUCAAUAUUAAACUUCCCCAGAUUUCCAUGAAGCGGAAAUUUUUUAAAUAUCAUAAAGUUUCAGAAAAAAAGAUUUUCGAACCGUGAAUUUCAUUUUUUUAAUUAGAAUGAACUUGGAAAAUGAUUUUCCUUUUAUUUUCAUUGAUAAAUUGAUACUUUUAUUUUUGCGAAAAAAUAAGAUGGGAGGAGACAUUUUGUAAAUUUUAUAAGCUCUUCCCUAAUGGGUUCUUCGAAAACUUUAGGUUUCCGAGGAUGUUUGAGGGCGGGAUUAAUUCCGAAACAAGUUUUUUUGAGGAUUAAAAAUUUUUUUUUGUUUUUCUUGUGGUUUUUCGGAUUGAAUCGGGUACUUUGGACAGUUUCGAAAUGUGCAUUUAUUGUGGAGUUUUUUUUAUCGAGGAGAUAUUGUGUUUUUUAAGUUUAAUAUCUUUUUUGCCCAAACUUUGACAUCUUUGAUUAUUUUGAAGUAGAGUUAUUUAAGCUUUCCUUGAUCGCAUUGAUCACAAGUACAAUUUGAAUAUUUAGAAUGCCCUUUCCAUAAUUCACCUGUUCGCACGACGUCAAGUGUGAAAAUUGGCAGAUGGAAAUUCACGUCAAAGCUUGAAUUUUCCUCCCAUUUGACUAUAAAUUUCCGUUCUCAUCGCCUUUCUUUCUCCUUGGAAAAGCUGAUUUGUUAACGUUUGGAGGGUUGGGAAGCCUUCAGUUUUUGGACUGAAUAGCGGCGGAUGGUGGUUCUCCUUCCCCAGGGCGACUACGACGCCAUCCGCGAACAUUAUUCCUACACUUCUCGAUUUUACGCCGUCGAAAAUGAGGAAUGCUCCUGUCGAUGCAGGUUUCCAUGGGUUCCCAAUAAUCUUUCUUGAAAUCUCUGUGUUUUUCUCAACGAGUUUAUUUUAAUCCGAACUCCAGCUCAUACAGUACCAUGCAAUUUCACUUUUUUCGUCAUAACUUUUCCAGAAGUUGUCCAAUUUUUGUCUAACUUUCUACAGUUUUUUUCUAGGGGUCCAGUUUGGUAUAUCAGAAAAAUUAGUUUGAUAGCUCAUUUUAUAGACAGUUACCGCCUGAAACCUGAAAUCAACAAAAAUUUUCCGAAAAAUUUUCAAAAAAUUUUGUUUGGUCGGGUCACGAUAGGAAACAGGUAUUGAGCACAUUUUUAUGGUUCACUGAAGCUUUGAGUUCAAUAUACCAUCGCUUGCUCCGUCAUAAAAUUAUUCUUCAGUAGAAAAAAAAUGCUCUAACUAGAGAACUACUGGGACUCGGGUACCCGUUUCGAGUUGAAACUUUGGUAGCUUACAUACCCGGGUAAGAGAACUUGGGAACAAGAAAGAUUAUCUGCUAAACCCCAUAGGCUUCUGAGAAAAAGCUUUUUGAAAAUGAACAGUUUAGGCUUGAAAAUUAUUACAGGGUGAGUACUAAUUAUUGAAACACGUUUGAACAAGCGCAACUCCGAGGAAAAGUGAAUGAUCCGUACCAAAAUUUUUCACUGGCAAUUCUGGAAUGUACAUUCCAAAAUUCAUGAAACUAUUCCAAUUCCUAUCUUCAUUCAGCUCUGCUCUGGCUCGAAAAGUGUGUAGGACCCAAGCCCCAACGGCACGCGGUCAUUUUUCGAUGUUUAUAACUGGUAAAAAGUUAUCUGAACGUUCAUGUUCAAAUAAAUACACAAAAACUAAACUUUGGGUUUUUCGCAAUAUUUCUUAGAAAUUUCCAUCAAUGAGCGUUAACAAAAAUGAUAGGAGCACUCCCCGAAAAGAGCUAACAAAACCGUUUUUUUCAUUUUCAAAAUCAUGCAAAAUGGAAUUUUAUCUCUGCUCGAACUUGAUUUUUUCUAAUUCAGGGUAGGACUACUUUAUACAAAAGCCCAAAGUCUCAGCUUUGAAAAAUAUAUAAUUGGGUCAAGGUUAGACUGUUCUUAUUUGAGAGGGGGGCUGUAAUAUGCGAUUAAUCGUUGAUCUUAGAUUUUUUCGCAUAUUUUGCAGUUCUAAAAAGAAAGUAAAUCUAGAGUAGCCUGAAACACAUUUAGAAUAAAGAGUAACGCUAGUAGUAUAAGACAAAAAUAAUUUGGGUUCCUAGAGUUGGCUCCCUUCUAAGAAAAAUUGCCGUUGUUAGAGAUGAUGGUUAGCCGCGUGCCAAAACCUGAUUUUGGGCAACCGAUUGGUAGGUUCCAAUUUAUCCUGAUUUGAUCAAAAAACAAGAUAUUAGAAAAAUGUUAAGACUUCAAGUUCACGAAGGCGUAUAGACUCUAAAAAAUUAUGAGUGAGUUUUAUUUAUCAAGUAUGAUGGGUACGCCAGUCCUUAAACCGUUGUUUCAAUAUUUAGUGCUCACCCUGUAAAUUAUUGCUUUCCUCCUUCUUUUGGCUGGAAAAAAGUUCUUCAGAGUUUAUCAUAGCCGGGUCAUCUAAGGCGAUUGUAUUAAAAUAUAAAAUAAGAUAAAAAGCAGUACUCUGAAAAAUUUCAGGCCUAAUUUUUCACAUUUUCUACUAAUUUUUUUCUCAGUUCUCUAUGGGGUUUAGCAGAUAUUCUCACUUGUUUUCGAGUAUUCUCACUUAGGUAUUUAAACCACUAAAGUUUAAACUCGAUCGGCGUACCCGAGUCCGAGUUUCCCUAGUAAAUUUAGACGCCCUUGAUUUUUUGUGAUUUUUGGAUUAUCGAGUCCCUCACAAACUUUUUGAUGGAUUUUUGAACUUUAUAAAUAAAGCUGUGGUGAAGUUUUCCAUAGUACCAGACAGUGUUCGGAGCCCUAUAAAGUUUAUUGUUUUAGGGACCCCUAUAGGGGUCAAAAAUCUUAUGAGCCCCUAUGAAACCCCUCAAAAGUUUUUCAGUCAAUGUCAUUUUUGAAUUUUUUUAAUUUAGUUUAUGAGGUUCAUAUUGAUUAUACGACUCAAACAGAGUCACCAGGUUCUCUUGCUUUUUUUUAUAUUGAGUUGUUGAAACAGUCAUUUGAAAUUCAAAUAGAAUAUAGUUUUUUUCAAAACCUAUAUAUUGUUAAAUUUUUUUCAAGUUUCUCAAUAAUUUCAACUGAUAGUUUUUAUGAUAUGAUUAACAGGACGGUUUUUCAAAUUUUUCUUUUUUUUUCCAUAUUUCAUGAGAGCCGUGAGUAGUACAUGUUUACGUGUCUUUUAAAGAAAAAGGCAAGAUUUGAAAUUUUUCAUUGUUCAUUUCAAAUUUUUCUGCUCGACGAGUACGAUGAAUAAAACUUCAAAACAAUCCAAAUACCAUGCAGUAUUUUUAAAAUAGCUUCAGUAAGAUGAAAUGAGGAAGAUGAACUGACCAGUGAGAGGUAGAGAAUUUAAAUUGAAAUAAUACGUGAGUAAAUAUAAAAAAAUAAGUUGGACUUGGAGAAGACCUUUCGAAAAUUUACCGAAAAAAAUUAAUGUUUAAAAAUAAUUUUUGAAGCUCCAGGGGGUAGUUUUUGGACAAGUUUCAACCUCAGGAAUGACUUUGGGUUGACAAGAUCUGGGAGGCGGCUUCAAAAAAAUGGUCUCCUUAUGUAUGAUUUAAAAUGAAAAAAAUAUCUAAAGAACCCAAAAAAACAGCUGCACAAAAAUUUAUCAUUUUUUUAAAGUCGAGGUUUUUUUCAGCGCGUCUCGGAAUCGGAUCAUCAAGCCGGCCUGCGUUCCCAUCAGCAUUAUUUCCCUAUUCAUCAUCGCCCUCGUCUUUUUACCACUUUUUAACGAAGAAGACCUCUCGUCGCCCUUCAAAUUGCCUACAGAAUGUCCCAACUCCUGCAGGUGAUAAUUAAAAAAAAAUGAAUCAAAAAAGACAAAAAUUUUAUUUUUUUCAAGUAUUAGUGGCUUUCAUGAUCCGCCUAAAAAAUCGUGAUUUUUGAGUUCCUCCCUGGUCGAAUCCAUCCCAACUGGUCUCCAACUACCGCCACCUCACUACAACUCGACUUCCGACGCCUGGAUCUCUUUGGUCGACGGAGCCAGGAAAUACAUCGACAUCUCGGUCAUGUACUGGAACCUCAACACUUCUGACUAUUCUACGGCGAUUUAUGGGCGAAGAUUCUAUGAAGCGCUCAUCCGGGCUGGAAGAAGAGGCGUCAAGGUGAAGGAGCUCCAAAAAUGACUUGACUAGUUUUUCUUCUUUAUGGGUACAACGGUCAAUUGUACUUACUUACUUAGAUACUUAGAUGGUCCAUCUUCGCUUUCGACCUUUUAUUGCCUUUUAGUGCCUUUUAUUGAUCGAAGCGUGGACCACACGUUUUCCAGGAGGUCUUAUGCAAUCGGUCAUCCAGUGUUGUCGUCCUGGUUGACUGGUAUUCUUGCGAAAAAAAUCCAUCCGUGGUGUUGAACGUGUUAUAGCAUAAUUGUGGUCUUAUUAUCCUUUUUGCCUUGCCAGGGCUAAAAAAGACCGCCCAUUCUGUUAGCAGAAGCAAGCCGAAUUGCGUGACCGGUGUACCGUUAGCCGCCAUAAAUGGCGUUGCCUCCCCAUCACCGCGUAGAGGUGGUACUUGAAGGGGUGAUGGAUCUCAAAAAAAAAAAAUUUUUUACCCCAUUUUGAUGUUUCCAACGCUUAUUAUUAUGAUAUCAACCGUCAAAAUGUUUAGUUGUAUGAAUCUUACACAAAAGAAAAAAAAAUUAAUUUCAUCUAUGAAAAAAAAUGGUCGGUGUUUAUUUUUAUUUCAGUUUUAGGGGUAUUAAGAACAUAAAAAGACAGACUGAGUAACAGGAAAAAUUUAUCGUGAAUAAUUUGAAGCUGUAAUUUUAAGUUGCUUCCAUUUAUUUUUCGGGUUUUUGUUUGGAAAAGAAAAGAAAUUGGUGAUUUUUUCUUCGUUGUGCACAUUUUUGACGCAAACGAGUGAAAACCAUUUUCCUUUUAUUGAUUGAAUACGAAAUUUUAAUUGAUUUUUAUAGUUUUUCUGAAAUCGGAGUGUACUUUGAAAAUGGAGGAAUUUUUAGGAAAGAAUUUUUUUUUGACUCGAAAAACGCGAAAAAUUUUCUGAAAUGGAUAGAUGAAGUUAUGAUUGGAAUCUGUUAAAAACAUGUUCUCAGAAAUUUCCUUGAUAGUUUAUUUUUUGAAAAAAGAAGCAACGUUUCCAGAUCCGAAUCGCUCAAGACGGUUCAGGCUCCGGGCUUUCUGACAACGCCGAGUCUAAAUACUUGGCCGAUCAAGGCCUGGCUGAGGUCCGAAAACGAAAAGAUCCAAAAUCUUUAGUUUUUGUUCAGGUCAGAUCGAUAAAUGUGAGUCGAUUGCUUGGAACCGGCAUCAUUCACACCAAAUUCCUGAUUGUCGAUAUCGAAAAUGUGUACGUUGGAUCGGCCAAUAUGGACUGGAAGUCGUUGAGCGAGGUUUUUCGCCUCGAAGUUCCAAAAAAGAGGAAGUCUUUUCCAGGUCAAAGAACUUGGAAUGGUUGUGGAAAAUUGUCCCUGCGUGGCGGCGGAUUUGUACCGAAUCUUCGCGAUUUAUUGGAAGUUGGGCGAGGUUUCCAGAGAAGCCAAGAAGCUCGGAAACUCAUUUUGAGUCCAUUUCCAGCCCGACGCGAAAAUACCCGAACAUUGGCCGAUUUCCUACAGAACUCCCUACAAUUUCUCCCAUCCGUCUCACGUCAAGCUGAACGGCAACCUGUCGGAGUUCUUCAUCUCAGUAGGAGGCCACUCUAGAUUUUUCGUGGAACUUUUGGAAUUUUCCAAGAGCUCGCCGGGUCCAUUCAAUCCGAAAGGCCGGGAACACGACCUCGCCGCGAUCCUGCAGGUCAUCGGAUCGGCCAAACGGAGCGUCUGCGUCUCCGUCAUGGACUAUGCUCCCCAGACGUUCUACAUGAAGAAUAACACGUGAGGAAUGACUUUUUGGGGUACUUGAAACAGCGAAGAAUGAUCCAAAAAUUGAAGAAGUUUAAAUUUUUUCCAAGUGAACAUUUUGUUGAUUUUCGAACCGUCUUCAUUUCUCUAGGCUUACUAGAAGGUUCCAAACGGAAAGUAGAUGUUGGCGUGAGAUUUUCGAAUUUUUCUUUUAUCGAUUUCUGAAGAUCUUCAAGUUAAUCCAAAAUAGUGAAAACUUUUCCACCAAUUUCAGAUUUUCCUCAACUUGUUUUUAUUUUUAUCGGAACAGACUAGAAGUACAGUUUUUGAGGUGCGGAUAAUGUUCAGCUGCAAAAGUUUUAGGAUAGAAGAAAUAUAGCUUCAAAAAUUAUGCCUGUACAGGGCAUUUGUGAUCUAUGGAUAAUAGGGGGGCUCAUGUUUUUUUGUUGAGUCAAGUCGAUUUUUUAAGAAACACAAAGAUAUCUUACCCAAUUUCCCAGGCCCUAUUUCUAUUCUAACAGUUUUUAGUUCAAAGAAAACUUCCAGCUCAGUUUUCCUGGCUUUUUCAAUGUUUCUUGCUCAUAUAUCUUCCAUUCUGCAGCUUCUGGCCUCUGAUCGACGACGCCCUGAGAGCGGCCGCCUUCCGUGGCGUCGCCGUUCGUUUGCUCGUCUCUCAUUGGGACCACUCGAGGCCCAGCAUAAUCCCGUUCCUCCGGAGCCUCGUCGCAAUAAACGACGCCAUGCCGAAGACCUCCACCGGAUUCGGCAGCAUCAACGUCAAGAUGUUCACCGUCCCGGCGACGCCCGAGCAGAAAAAGAACCCCUUCACUCGGGUCAACCAUGCCAAGUUCAUGGUCACUGACGACACUGCCUAUGUUGGUGCGUGAAUUUGGUUUUUUGAAAAUCGUUUUGAAUGUUGGGAACGGGCGCGCCGUAGCGCAACAGGUUGUGUGCCUGUCUACGGUCCACAGGGUCACAAGUUCGAUCCCCGCCCCGACCCAACCAAGGGGUUUAAGAAAUGUUGGUAGUGGGAAACCACGACUUCAAAAUCCCCAGCCGUCACACACAAGGACGGAUAUGUCACUGGAGCCAGUCCACUGAUAUCAGGAUAGGACCUCGGCUAAUCGACUUGGGGAGCCGACGCCGCUCAAGCGGUACAAAGGCGUAGGAAGAAGAAGAAGAAGUUUUGAAUGUUGGGAAGUUGGGAUCCGAUACAGUAUCAAUAUAGAGGUUUGAAGAAAAAACGGUUCGCUUAAGAACGCCAGAGUGGUCACUAUAGGGGACAGGAAUAGAAAUCUUCUAUAGUGAACAAAGUAGAGUUCCCUUUAUUUUUAAAAAUAAUCAUCGAGAUAUAUUUUCAAAUCGUAUAAUAUUUCCUUCCUGCUUUAAAUGAAACUACAGGAAACUUUUUUAAUAUAUAAAUUUGAGCGUCAAGGUUCUUUUCAAAAUGUCUUUUCGCCACAAAUGCAACUUUAAUGUGAUCCAAACAAUAUGCUUCUCCUGAGAAAUCUAAAAUAACUGAACUUACCAACUUUUCUCUCGAUAAUAAUACUAUUUAGGCACCUCGAACUGGUCAGGCGACUACUUCAUCUCGACGGCCGGCGUCGCCUUGGUCGUCCGACAAAAAGCCGCUUCCAGACAACUUCAGGAAGUUUUCGACCGCGACUGGGGCUCUCCGUAUGCCGCUUCUCUCACUGCCUCCCCUCUAAGAUUUUAG